UCAAUCCGGCGGUGAGUGGCACAGGCGACGCGAAACACUUUUGAAAGAUUUUGUACUGUGGACAAGCGACAAAAAGGAAAUACAGUACCGGAUCGGGGGUUUAAAGGUUAAAAGCAAAACUAAAGUUUUUGAAGGAAGCCAGAAGCGUCGCUGCGUUGAACCAGAAACCACUCGCGUCCGACACAACGGUUCCAUGGCAUAAAGCCCAUUCUCAGAUCCGGCUGGUUCCUGGGGAUUUCUGCUGAGGAGCUCUCACUCUGACGUGCCGCUGCCAUUUUCCACAGCCUGCAGGGAACCAGGAAGCAGUCGGCAGGAGCCAUGCCUGCCCUGGCCACCGGAGCCGGCCACGAGCCAGGUCUGUACGAGCUGCUGGCGGCCCUGCCAUCCCAGCUGCAGCCUCAUGUCAGCCGGCCCGAGGACAGCGCCUUCCUACACGACAUGUUCGGGGAGAGAGGCCUCAGCUCACUUGUUAAGAUCCACGAACGGCUGCAGCACUAUGAGCAGAGCAAACCCACCGCCGUCCUGGACCGCGCUGCAGCUCUGGCCCGCGAAGUGUGUAAGGAUCUGGAGAGGAAAGCAGAUAAUGGAGAUGUGAAAGAGCUUCUGAAACUACUGGAAAAACCCAGUUUGACCAGCCUUCUGUCCGUCCAUGACACGGUCGCCCUGAAGAGUUAUGACCCGGAACUACCGCCGCUGCCCGACGACAUCGACGACGACGAGGAUUCAGUGAAAAUUAUAAGACUGGUCAAAAACAAGGAACCUCUGGGCGCGACGAUCAGGCGUGACGAGCACACGGGAGCCGUCCUCGUGGCCCGGAUCAUGAGAGGAGGGCCGGCCGACAGGAGCGGUCUCAUUCAUGUCGGGGAUGAGCUGAGGGAGGUCAAUGGGAUUCCUGUGGAGGACAAGAAACCAGAGGAAAUCAUUCGUAUUCUGGCCCUGUCACAAGGAGCCAUUACUUUUAAAGUCGUCCCCGCUGUGAAGGAAGACGCUCCAGUCAAAGAGCCAAAGGUGUUUCUCAAGGCAUUCUUUGACUUCAACCCUAAGGAGGACAAAGCCAUCCCAUGCAAAGAGGCUGGCCUGGCUUUCAAGAAGGGCUCCAUCCUUCAGAUCAUGAGCCAGGACGAUGCAACCUGGUGGCAGGCCAAACACGAAGGUGAUGCCAACCCCCGCGCUGGCCUCAUCCCAUCCAAACAGUUCCAGGAGAGGAGAUUUGCACUGCGGCGACCUGUUGUGACUCUCCAGCGCACCUCCAGCAAGCGAUCAUACGUCGUGGAUGCAACACAGACUCGUACCGCAGACUGCAUCUCGCUAGACGAUGUGGCGGUAGAGUUCGCUGAGGAGAUCGAAGAGGAAGAUGACUAUAAUAGCGGAUUCCAGUUAGCCGGCUUCAGGAGGAGCUUCCGCCUCAGCCGGAGAACCAAGAAGACCAACAAGACCAUGUACGAGUCCAAGAAGAGCGAGAUGUACGACAUGGCGGACGUCCCCACGUACGAGGAGGUGGCCCCGUACCGCAGGCCGAGCGGAGCCAGACACAGGCUGGUGGUCCUAGUGGGACCCACAGGUGUCGGCAUGAACGAACUGAAGAGGAAGCUGUUGAUCUCUGACCCUCAACACUUCGGUGUGACCAUCCCACACACCAGUCGGCCCAAGAGGAACCACGAGAGUGAAAGUGUGGAGUACCACUUCAUCUCCAAACAUCUCUUUGAGACGGACAUCCACAACAACAAGUUCAUUGAGUAUGGAGAGUACAAAGGGAAUUACUACGGGACGAGCCUGGACUCCAUACGCUCCGUCCUCUCCAAGAGCAAAGUGUGUCUAUUGGACGUCCAGCCUCACGUGAUAAAGCAUCUCCGGAUGGCCGAGUUUAAGCCUUUUGUCGUGUUUGUGAAGCCUCCGACGAUCGAGAGGUUGAGGGAGACCAGAAAGAACGCCAAAAUGAUGUCAGGCAAGGAUGACAAGGGAUCUGCCAAACCCUUCACGGAGGAAGACUUUCAGGAGAUGGUGAACACGGCCCAGGCCAUGGAGACUCAGUACGGCCACCUCUUUGAGAAGGUGAUCGUCAACGACGACCUUUCCGUGGCCUUCAAGGAGCUGCGGUCCACGCUGAAGAGCGUGGAAACAGAGGCUCACUGGGUUCCGGUCAGCUGGACUCACUCCUGAGACCAACACGGACUGUAACAGGAGGAAAGGGAAGAGCUUCAGUGAAAAUAUGAAAAUAUGCAGGUUUUUUUUU